AUUCUCAUAGAUCAUAUUUGCAAUAUACUUCAAUCACGGAUGCCCCACUAUAGUUUGUGUACUGUGAAGGCAUCCCAUGUAUUAAUAUGGCAGUUGUCAUCAACUUUAUUUUUCCCAUAUCUGUUAUAGCUUGCCCAUUUUGACAUUUGAUUCGACAAGCAUGACAAGUGCCCACAGUCUGCACUAUAUUGAGAUCAAUUUAAAAAUUUUGAAUGGAAUCAAAUGGAAUCUGUGCAUAGUGGCUAGUGCAGUUCAUUUUCAGACAAGCUGAGCUGAGACUGGGUGAGAUGAGACUGCACUGCAGUGCAUAGCUCCCGAGUCCUGACUGACCUGAGGCUUCGCCAUGCACCAACUACCAUACUAAUAGUAAUAGACAUACAGUCUAUUCAACUCUGUUUUGGUCCCUUGUUUAUCUCAUUCGGCACGUUUGGUCCUUGUCAAAUGUAAGAUGGAAAGCACUCAGCAAGAUAAAUCUGACCCAGCCUCACAAACCAGCUCAGCUUUAGUAGUACCAGGACAUCAUCGGUCACAGAGGUCAAAAAGCAGUGAAGAUUCAGCCUCUGCUAGACCACCACUUGAAAGAGGAACCCAGCUAGUGAACUUUGACUCCCAGAAUCCAAUGCUAGCAGAAAAAAAGAAACAAGAUGAGUCUGAAAUUCCACAAGAUCUGUCAAAACAUGGGAGCAAUCUGUCUCGAGAGACCUCGUCCGAGACCACAGAAACUGUGGACAUGCAGUUUGUUCUUGUGGAUGAUGAUGACGAUGACAUUGAGGAUGAUGAGUUCAUGCAAACUGAGUCCUUGGAUAGCCCUGGUGAAGCGUCAUUGAAUGCUGCAGGAUCGGAAAACAGAAGUCCUGGAUUCUUUCUCAAGUGCAGUAUGUGUGACCGCGUGUUCUCUAGCCAACAGAGGCUGAUGCUUCAUAUCAACAAACACAUGGGAGCCAAGCCGUAUGCCUGUCCGCAGUGCCCAGCCAACUUCAACUCAAGGGCAUCAUUUCAAAGGCAUCGGCGCUCCCACAAAAACUCAAUGGCUGAUAUUCAGACACAUACAUGCACCCUUUGUCACGCUCAGUUUUCAGAUAUUCAGCAUUUGACAGAGCACCUGAAGAUUCACACAGAGAAGCGUAGAAGCUGUCCACAUUGUGGAAUCUUCAUUGGUGGCUCCCGUAGCAUGCAAAAACACAUUAGCAUAGAGCAUCCUUCAAUGGUGAAGACCUACAAAAAGCACAGACCUCCCAAUAUACCUGUCAGGAUCGACCUUCCAUCAGCGAGUCCAAACCAAUUGCCCUCGACAUCAAAUGAAGGAGAAAAACCUGUUAGUUGUAGACGUUGUGGCAGGCAGUUCCAAACAAAUAGAGCACUACAAGGCCAUAUGAAAGGGCAUAGUCGACUGUAUCAAUGGAACCCUCGGAGGUGCAAGUGUGGGAUACUGUUGGCUGAUGAGGCAGAGUAUCAAAGACAUCUGAAGAACUCUUGUUGCUCAGCUAGUUCUAGUUUGGAUAUGUUGUCACCACCUGUAGACUCACCGGGAAGUCUUUCUCCAGUGUCCCCUAAUAGUGCAGCACAUUUGAUGGCCCUCUCUGCUCAAAGACAAGCUAACAUCCGGAGCAGGAGCCUGGAUUCAUUCCUGAGAAAUCCCCCAGCACCUUUUGCUUUCGUUAAUAGAUAUCCUGCAAGUGCAGAGGGUUCUUUGAUAGAUUUUCCACAGUCCCUGGCAGCACAGUCUGCAGAAUCGACACAUUCCAUGGGGAAUCUUCACUUUGAAAAUAGCCCAACGAGUAAAGAGACACCAAGCAGCCAAAGCACUUCUGAACAAAGAAGCCAGAGUCCUGUCAACAGAAUCACCAUUAAGACAGAAGCUGAGGACGAUGAAGAAUGGAGUGAAGUUGUCAACAUUGUACAAGUCCACAGUAACACAACAACAUCUGAGGAACCAUCUGCGGAUGGUGAUUGUGUUCAGGACCAGCCACCUGACUUUUCUUUAAAUAGAGAGGAACAAAAGGCCCACAAAGGAAGACCUGAACAACCAGCUGCACAUACGAUUACACACACUAGACAGAAUGAGAGAGAUGAUCAACUGAGGAAAGUUCAACCUUUGGUCCAAAGUGGAGCAGAGGCAUCAUCAUCCAGUGGAACAAUUCAACUGGAAAGACCAGUUGAGCCGCCCACUGUUCCUGCAAGAUUCUCUGUACCUCUGGUUGAUGAUCCUAGAAGGGGUCAGGACUGUGGUCCUUCUCUUGGAAGAGUAAGCAGUGAAUCUCCCAACAUGCAGAUUUCCUCUUCCCAGAGCAGUCAGCCACCACCUAAUCCUCUUGUCAAUACUUCCUUGAUGGGGGAAAGAGACCAGGAGGGAUUGCCGUGGCGUUGUUCAUUCUGUGGUAUCACAUUUGAAGACAGUUUGAUGUAUGUUAUACAUAAGGGAUGUCAUGAGCCAGGGUCCAGGUUCCGUUGUAGUAUGUGCGGAGAACAGUGUGCUGAUAAAGUUACUUUUAUGCUACAUUUUGUGAGAGGGCAGCACACAAAACCAACCCAUGUAUAGCCUGGUGAACUUUUUUAAUUAAACAAAAUAUGCUACAUGUUCAUUGUUUGAUGAAAAUAAAAAAUGGCUAGUACUUAAUAAUGAAUUUUAUUGCUUGCCAUCUUUCAUGUAACACCUAUGCAUUAUUAGAAGUUAAAGGCUGAAACAGAGAUAUUUCAAAACUGCAGUAGCCUCCUUACCUUGAUGAAAGAAAGGAAGAAGAUGAUAAAAAUAAGAUGAAUGAAUGAUUUGAAAUAAAAUCCAAGAAUAUGAUUUAUAUAUUUCUGAUGCAUGAAAACACUUCAUAGACUUGUACAUUGCAAUUUUUUGCUCUGACUCCAAGCUCAUUACAUGCAUAUGUGCACAUGUAUUUUGUCAUGUCCUUUCAAAGAUGUCAAUGGUCUAAAAGACAAAAAACAAAAAAAAUUAUCAUAAUCUAUUGUUUGUGUGAUUUUGUGGAGAUCUUCUUUAUAAUCAAAUCUAUAAAAAAAAAUUAGAUUAUUUAUAUCAUAUAUUGAAAAUAUAUACAAAAUAAUUUAUAUAGUGAAUGUUUGGCAUCAUUUGUUCUAAAAGAAUAUGCGGAACUAUAAUGGCAUGUACGUACUCCCCCACACCUCAAUGCCAUACGUGAGAUGUGGCUCUAUAAAAGCUUUGUAUAAUAAUAUCAAAGUAAAUUUGGGUAAAAAAUGUAACUGAAACAAAAUUCCUAUUUUUUUACGUAUACCUGAGUUAAUCGUCCAUAUUGCCUUUCUAUGACAGAUGCUUAUCCAUUGUUAUACCUGCAAAAGUUGUUUCAUCAACUUCUUCCAAUUCCUCUCCAUCUAGUGUAAUAUUACCAUGCAACUUAACAAUCCUUCUACUGCUAAUUAACAUAAAUUUUGUUUUCAGAGUGUUGAUAGUAAGCUUAUUUGCAACACACCACUUUUGCACUUUAUUUGUAUUAGUAUUCAUCUCAUUGGUAUCGAUCUCAUCCUCUCCAAUUGGAAAGGUGUGAAAAAGAUUAGAGUCGUCAGCAAAAAAUCUAAAAUUAAAAGAUUUUGAAAUGGAGGGAAGAUCAUUGAUAUAUAAUGAAAACAAUGUAUGCCCUAAUACUGAUCCUUUGGGACACCACAUCUUAUUUUCAUUUUCUUUGAAUAUAUUUCCCCAUGUUGAACAAACUGAUAUCUGCAAGCAAUAUAGUUUAAAGGAAGCCCUCAGACAUCAUAGUGGCCCAGUGGAUUAGUCACCGGACUUUGAAACAUAGGGUCGUGGGUUCAAAUCCCAGCCAUGGCUUAAUUUCCUUCAGCAAGGAAUUCAUCCACAGUGUGCUGCACUCGACCCAGGUGAGGUAAAUGGGUACCGGCAGGAAGUUAUUCCUCAAAAAAGCUGUGUGCACCGAAUAGGUAGCCUAGCUUAGCCGGGUAAUAAUAGCAGGGCCCGCUGGGAGAACAGUUUUCGGAACUGAAGUGGCUACCCUGGGUAAAUUUACCUUUAUUAUUAUUAUUAUUAUAAGCUUCUGUAUCAAAAUAUGAUCAAUUGUGUCAAAAGCUUUUUUAAAAUCAAUAAAUAUUCCAAGGGUAGUUCUACCCUGGUCUAAGGAUUUAAGAAUAGUGUUCGACAAAUUGAUAAGCGACAAUUUUGUACUUUAUCUUUUACGAAAACCAUACUGAUGAUUGAAUAAUGCAUCAUUGGAUUCUAAAAAUUCUAUUAAUCUUUUAUUGGUUACUUUCUCUAAAACUUUACCCAGAACUGGCAAAACAGAGAUUGGUCGGUAGUUUCCUGGAUCAUCUUUUGGUCCCUUUUUAUAGAUAGUAAUCUUAGCUAUGCCUAUGCUUGCAGUCCUACACAUAUAACUUGGAUCAUGAACUAAAUUGCUUGUAUGGAAUCAUGCCUUCUUCUAUAAUCAAGCCUGGGGCCCAUUUCAUAAAGGACUUGCAACUGUUGUAACUUUGCCAUUAUGGCAAGUACCAUGGUAACCUUGAUUUCGAUUGGCUACUGAGCCCAGUUACCAUAGUAGUUGCCAUUAUGGCAAAGUUACAACAGUUGCAAGUCCUUUCUGAAACAGGCCUCUGGUAUUGAUGGCAAAUUGAAUUUGUAUGAGAUUUUGUACAAAAAUUGAUAUUUUGUUAAAAUGGAAUAAAAUAAUUUUUUGAUUGAAUGAGUUGAUAAGCAAUCGUUGAUUGAUUAAUCGCUCAUCUAGUACUUCAUUCAUUCAGGUUGUCCAUAUGAAUGGUUGCUCUUGUUAGUACACAUAUGUAUCACAAGCUGGUAGCAAAUUAUGACAAAUUAUAAGCUACUGUGAAAAGCUACUGAAAUGAUUGAAAAUCCCCAAUUUGAUUGGUCAAGAGCAAAUUAAUCAUACACUGAGACAAUUUUGAAAACAGGCUUCAUGGAACAGGGUUCUCCUGGAAUCAUUUUUAUUAAAAAAAUCAAAAUAUUUAUUUAUCAAAUGUAGAUACACUGUAUGACAUGUUCAGCCGUGAAAAAUUACCCAUCGCAAAUAUGAUUACGUACCUCAUUCAAUAAUUAAAGGAUAUGAAAUUAAACUUGCUUCAUUAGGGUGAUGGUCUGAUUAAGAUGUAAUGCAAGGCUUUGCAAGUAUUCAAAACUGUUUUGAUAUUAGAUAUUUUAGAAGUCUCCAUGUACGAAUCUCGUGGGUAUUGGUGAUUCCAUGUUUUGAGCCCAGUUGCAUGAAAGGGUCUUUGCUAUGGUUACACUUCGUAAUUCCGAAGGUUCGUAAUUCCGAAACAUGCAAAUUGCCUAUACCUCGAUGUUCGUUAAUCCGAAAACGUAAAAGGGUUCGUUAAUCCGAACAUUUUUGAGUUAUUCCGAAGGUUCGAUAAUCCGAAAACGAAAUAAAGUUCGAUGUUCCGAAGGUUCGUUAAUCCGAAAACGAAAUAAGGUUCGUUGUUCCGAAGGUUCGUUAAUCUGAAAACGAAAUAAGGUUCGUUGUUCCGAAGUUUGUUAGUCCGAAAACGAAAUUACGUUAGUUAAUCAUUUCGUUUUCGGACUAACGAACCGUCGGAAUUACGAACGUUCGAAAAUACAAACCUUCUGAAUAACGAAUAACGAAUGUAUGCACUUUGCUAUGCACCUGUACCACUGAUGUAUGGCUUGGGCUAUUCUCGAUCAACUGAAAUUGUAUGACCAUUCAUACUUACAGUUAUUUAUAUUUAUGCUAUGUUGAAGGUCUUUGAAUUGCAGGUGACUCUGUCUGCAUUGAUAGUCAAACCUCCUGGGACCUUUUAAAUCUAUUUGACUUCUUCAAAUAAGAUGUAUGUAUUAUAUAAUAUGUUUUGCAAAUUCUGGUCUGAAAUAAUACUUCAAGUUUAAAAUGGAUGGUCCGGGCUGAAAAUAUUUAUAUCUAAAUAGAGUAAAAUUCACAGAGCAAAAUGCUGAAAAUUUCAUCAAAAUCGGUUAACAAAUAACCAAGUUCAGUAUUGAAUUUCAAAGUUUAUCAAUGUUUUGUGAAAACAGUUAUAUGCACAUCAUCAUGAAUAUUCAUUAGGUAGGCUGAUUAUUUCACAUCCCCACUUUCCUUUUUCUUACGUAAUUACAUGAAAUCGUAAAUGUUUCAUUUUUUCAUACAUGUGUAUAUGAUGUGUCUCCAUUAUGAUAAAAUAAGUUGCAGCAAUAAAUAACUAAUGCACUUAAUCAGUUGUCAAUCCAAUUUUUGUAGUUCUUGGUAGAAAAUUUUUGAAUAAACCUUAUUUCAUAUAAUAAAAUACAAAAGAACAAGUGGGGAUAUUACAUAUCAGCCCACCUAAUGAAUAUUCAUAAAGACAUGCCUAAAACUGUUUCAACGGAAUAAGGCAAAUCUUUAAAUUCAAUAACUUUGUUAUUUGUAAUCUGAUUUUUAUCAAAUAUUCAGCAUUUUGCUUUGUGAAAUUUUACUCUAUUUAUUGAGAUAGAAAUAUCCCCAGCCUGGACCAUCCCUUUAUCGAUUGACUUUAUACAAGUGUUGCCUUACGCGGAGUCUACUGACGGAGAAGAGUGUAAUCAUGCAAACAGGCCCCACAUACUGCCGUAUCUCAUAUUUAAUGAUAAAAAUACACAUAGUUUACCUAUUUUAUCAAUCAGGUUACACAUCGUAUAUCUUGCCACUUGUUGUUAGCCAUGGCAUUCAGAUUUGUAUUUUUGACUGCAGGUCUAUUUUGUCAAUGUCAAGUUCUAUUCUGAAAUAUACUAGUACAGGUCUGUUGCAAAAAAAAAUCCCAUAUUAAAGCUAUUUGGUGUUGCAAAAAACAUUAUUUGGAUUUGUUAGAUAAAUUAUAGAAAAUCCAGUAUUUGAUUUCUUUCUUUGGCAUAAUGCAUAUCAAAUAAUGUGAUUAUCUGAUAAUAUCUAAAAAUACUGAAAGUAGUUUUUUGUGCAUCUUCAAAACUGUUAACAUUUCACUACGCAGUCUCAUGUAUGAGUUUAGUGUGUACCUAUUGUAUCCUAGAUGUAUUUUUUUACACAUAUAUGAUGCCUACAAAAAGAUAGCAGUUCCAAAACUUAUUGAAUAUUGAAAUCUUGAGAAAAUAUACCAUUCUCUUGAAUUACAAAUGUGCAGUCGUCCUUAUCCAAUUUAAAUUCCUGUGAUAACAACAGUAUGUGUUAUUUUCUACUUUGAUAAUGUUACUUGAAUUUACAAUGAUCAUGAUAUAAAUGGAAUACUCUGUGGUACAUGGCUUUAUUAUGAAUGUUUGUAGGUACAUGUAUUUCUGCGAAGUAUAAAAGGGAUUGGAAGCUGCCAAAUACUUGUUAAUGCCAGCCACCUACUUUUGUGUCUAUAUCCCUCUCACUAUAAUAAACACAACUAGUGUGCAUCUUACACAUACAUGUAUGUCAGUCUACCUGCUUGUCUAUGUAAAACGCCCUGAGCUCCGGUGAAAUUCAUUCAUAUAUAUGUGCAGUAACAGAGGAGAAUGGAAGCCUUCGAACAAGUGACCAUUUGUGAAAACAAAGAUAUCAGUGAAAAUUUGACAAAUGAUUAGAGGGUUCUGCAUGAGCAUUUACAUAUCAAGAAUGCUAUUGCUGUGGUUAUCCUCCUGUUGGCAAGGCGACCAAGAUGUGUGAUUUCACAUAUGAUCACCUCUUCCUUUGGACACUGAAAAUAUACCAGCAAACAUUAUAAUCUUACCUCUUCAUCCAGGAUGGGCCUAUGUUUUGUGAAACAUUUUAAAAUGAAUCAAGACUUUUUUUGUAAUAGUGGGGAAGAUUUUCAUGUGUGACAUUACUUUGGUUCACAAUUCCAAGAAGAAGACCUCCAUGGCAUUAAUAGCCUCAACAUUAAAAUGCUCAAAACUUUUAUAUUUAUUAAACUGUCUUAAACUUUCAUCGAUGUUUCCUUGUAUGUAUCACACAAUUCAACAUGUUUCAAGGGAUUUAUUUUCCUGUUAAUAAGAAAAAAUAGAUGGCAUUCAAUCACCCUGUCACCCCUGCCAGGGUGCCGAGAGUAGGGGUGUAUGAGGUAGCUAGCCUAGUUUAAAGUAUUGUAUUUCAUAGUGAGUUUAAUGUGUCGAGUCUAUUUAUAAAGACUGCGGUAAACCAUUCACUUAAAUUAUACAUGUGCUGCAGACUUCCAUGAAAAUUAUACAUGUCUUUUUUGUUUGUAUAUUUUCUUGUGCACCGUUUAGGGGAAAUACAACUUAUAGGAUCGAUCUAUAGAGAGAGAGAGAACGAGAGGGUGGGAAAAAGUCUUUUUCCUCUUUCCAACAUUACAUACCUACAAUGGUAAUGAACACAAGGAUUCUUACCUGAAUGUAAAUAUACAAGUGAUAAAAAAACGGCAUGAUUCAAAUCCACUGGUUUUCAGAUAUGAAUAAAAGAAAUAUCUUUUGAAUGAAUAGACUCAAGAUUGUUUCCAGAAAGUACAAACAGGUUUAUGCUUGUUUGAUAUUGCCAAGAUCCAAGGCUAUGAGACCGAUGAAGUUCUGGCGGAAGUGUCAUAAAAAGUACAUGGUACAGUGUAGAGUGUAACUUAUUUCUUGCUUAAAGAUGUCCUCUGAAAAUUUGUGAGAGUACUGGUGUGCUCCGUAAAACUCGAUCUAAAAAAAACACUAUAUAUCCGUAAAUGACAACCACUCAAUUAUAAAUUGCCAAAUAGGAUGCUCAAAGGGUUUGUUUUAUUAAUUAAAGGGGAAUGAAACCUUUGGAACAAGUAGGCUUGUGUCGAAACAGAGAAAUCAAAGAAUAAGAACAGAGAAAGUUUGAGAAAAAUCAGACAAAUAAUGAGAAAGUUAUGAGCAUUUGAAUAUUGCAAUCACUAAUGCUAUGGAGAUCCUCCCAUUGGCAAUGCGACAAGGAUGUGUGAUGUCACAUGUGAACAACUUUAGAGAAAUUAACACAACAAAGAAGGAACAUAUUCAUCUGCUUUGAUUUAUUAUUCAAAUUGAUCAGUUUUCUUCCACUUACCGAUAUAUUACAGUUCAAAAGAUCCUACUCCCUAGAUCAUCCAUUCUCAUUGCCCAAAACCAUCAAAAAUUAUAUACACAUAUCAUCCCCACUCCAAGAUAUCAAUCACAACAAAAAAUAUUUGAGAAUAGCUGAUGAUACAAAUUACUAUUCAUACCUAUUUUCAAUGUCCUUUCAGUAAAUGACUUUCAUUCAAUAAAUGACUUUCAUUAUGACUCAAAGCUCAUUUACAGUUUUAAUAGUAAACAGAGUAUUGGAAAUAAAACUGGUUAAGUACAGCAUCAUUUUGGUCAAAAAACAUUACAUAAUACAUUAUAACCAUGUUUACCUGUAAAUUCUAUGUACUAAUUAGACUGCACUCUGCUUAAGACUCUUGCAAGCAGUAACCUCUACAACACAAUCAAUUUUAUGUCAUAGAUUCCUACCUUUCUCACCAAUUUUCAUUUCACUUUACUAGCUGAAAAUUGAUAGACUGAUCAGCAGAUUCAUCUUUCCUUUUUUUUCAUUUUUAAAGAAACCAGUGGUUCUAAUAUCUUUCUAGAAUUUAAAUCCUCAUGAUUCUUCACCAUAAUUUAAUGCCCACAAACAUAAAAAAGUUAGGAGGGUCAAUGUUUUCAUUUCUAAAAAAGCCAAGCAAAUACAAAAUAAAAUUAAAGACAAAAUACAUGAUUAACAUUUAAAGUCUGUAAAUUAGAGACUAACUCAAUGCUAUAGAGUUUGAGUCUGAGCAUGGCUCAAGGUCAUUAAAAAACAAAUAAAAUAACAUGAAAUUAUCAUCACUCUCUUAGAGCAUCAGCAAAUAACAGUGUUUUCUUUCUGCACUUCAUAUGAAUACACAAGAAAUUUGUGCGGCUGAUUUUUGUGUCUUUUUUUCAAAAUCAUAAGGUUGGAAAUCAAACCUUUGUGACAACUGUGUCCUGCUAGUAUUUCUUAUCUUCAUGAUAUCAAAAUAGCUGCACGUUUUUGUUCUUUAAUACUAAAUCUAUUCCAAGCCAUGGAAUGGGCUGAAACUUUCAGGAUAUAUGCUUUGUCUUCAGAUUUAGGAUGUCCAAUCCCUACAUUUAAAAGAUAACUGCUCAAGGCCGAUUUAGAUUUAGAUAAUACUGCUUUGACACAUUUUCAUGGCAUAUUCAAAGAAGUAAACAUUUCUCCUUUUUAUCCAAGUUUACAAAUCAAAUAUCGAAUGGAUAUAAUACUUAGUUUAUUUAGAGCAUGAUUUCUAUCUUAUAUGAAUAUUAGCAUGAUCUGUGUUGUCAAUUAAAUAAAAUACUGAUAUAAAUAUAUUUCCAUUAAAUGGAGUUCCUGAUAAUAUUUUUUAGACACAAAUACAUUUUCAUUCAACAAUUAUCAUUUAAAUACAAUAAUCAUCCCCAUUUCACUAAUUUCUAUGCUAUCAUAAUCCCCCUUAUCUGCUUCAUAUUUUGUUAUACAAUUGUAUUUCUCUACAGACAAGGGUACAUUUUGUAGUAAUUUAGGGUAAAUUACAUGAUUGGUAAUACUCUAUGUUGUGACACACACCACAGAAUAUCAGCUACUUUAAAAUAAAACUGAGAGGAUAAGUGUGUUAGUUACUGGUGCAAGGAAAUGAAUGGCAAGCUCCAAUUUGUGAACACAAUACACAAGCUUCAAAUUUACUAUAAAAAAAAUUGAAAAAAAUACAAUUGUUUCUCAUUUCAUUUAAUUUUAUCACACCUGAAUGCAAUUUUUGCUUGCUCUUUUUAUGUCAAAUAUAUAAAAAAAAAUUAAAAAAUCAACACAAUAUAUAUACAACAGCUUACAUCCAUGCACAAAAAAUGAAUUGGUGGACGAGCUUGAUAAAAAAGCCUGGUUGUAAGAUGUGCAUAUUCCAUUCAUUGCUCACGACAUUGCAAAUGCAACCAAAAACAAAGUGGUUUUAAAAAUAAGUAUGUUAAAUUACAAAUACUUGAAAAGUAAUGAAAGUAAAAUAAAAUCAUAUCCCACACAACACAAAAUAUACUUAUAUAUGCAUGAUACCCAUAUCAUCCCAUUUUUUCUUUUUCUUAUUUUUCAAUUAAAAAAAAUGCAACUUUUUCUCAAAGUGUAAAAACUAAAACUGGAAUAUCUACACAUCAUCUAAUUCCAAAAACCUGCAUAUACAUCUAGUAAUCUAUCAAGCAUCAGAGUUCUUACAACUUUUAAUAGUCUGAAUUCAACAUGACCUAAACAUAACAAGGCUAUUGCAAUCGACCACCAUAAUGAGCUACAUCUGCAGAUAAAUGGAAAUGAAAAAUUGCCAAAGCAUCAAUCUCAAACACCAUAGGAUACAGGUUGCAUAUUGCAGGCAGUGUAUAUAUAAUAAUCGUGUGAAAGAUUGCAUUUGAAGCAUGUAAUAUUGGAGUGCUGUGUGUACUGGAAUAGAGUAGUGGUGAACAAAUUAUGUACAGACCCUAAGAGGAGGUGGUUGGUCUCGGAAGUGACCUGAAUGUGGCUAUUUUCCUGAGGAGCGCAGCCCCCGAUUUGUCGCAUUUGCAUCACUAUGGGAGCAAUAGUUUCACCAAACCUCUAAGGCCGUAUAUUCGGUUGAUACCCAUUGUCAAUAUAAGAUGCAGCAGAUAGAAAAUACUAUCAUACCGAUCGAAUGAAGGAUAAGAAAUCCCAGUCUUCGUGCAAUAUUAAAUUACCACAAUUAUCACAACGAUCUGAUAAAGGUCUUAGUUGAUCAUCACAUGUAGCGACAUCAAAAACAAACUCUAAAGCAUGCGGUUCAAGCUUCACCCAAGCAGCCAUAAAUAGUCUUUGUACUAUUUAUGACUCAUCAGGUACUAUUAUCCCCUUGUGAUGUCAGAAGUCGGGAUUCGUGGCAUUUUUGCCAGAUUUUGAGACAUUGGUUGGAAUUAUCUCUGGCCAAGGGGUCGAGACAAAUCACUUCUUCAGAUUAUAUUUAUGAUGGAUAAAUUGGUUAAUAUAUUUUCACCAACUUUUAGGAAAGCAUGAAAGCUUGUUAGUAAGCAACUAAAGGACAGGUCCUCUCCAAGGGACCUGGUUCGGAUGAUAAAUGCCUUUGAUCCCAAAGGGCACUAGUUCACCAAAUUGUGAGACCAUCUAUACAACUGAGCUAUGGCACUGCCUUGGACAAGAUAAAAUGGCAGAGGGAAUCCUCAAUGUAUAUCUUUGUGGCACAUCUUUCUUUUUUCUCUUUGAUUUUAGCUGUAUUGCUCUGCACCAGAAAUAACAAUACAUAUAUCGCAUUGAGAGAUUUUUUUCGUUUUUCAAUAAAGUCACUUUUGCAAAGGGAAAAAAUAACAGAUUGCAUUUCACCCAAUUUGAAUAUGUACAGACUUGGACGUUUGUAAGAUCAAAUGCAACUCCAGGUAUCUUUUUUAUGCUUCUAUUCCACUUACGUCGAAGGAUUUAACAUGACUGUAUGGUUGACAUU